CAAGCCGAGCUCGCCGCGCCACAGACGUGUGUUGUGAACCGACGCCAUUGCUCGUGAAAAACGCGGGAAAACUUGACGUUUCGAGCUACGUUCGAAAAUAGGAGACAUGUUUGUUUUGAAGACCUUAACCUUCUGCGCAGCCUGGCUGCUAGUCGCCAGCCAGCAGGGCCCCACCACGACCCCAGUCCCGAUCCUCAAGCAGAUCAACAGACAGAACGACGACGGCUCCUACAGCUACGGCUAUGAAGCUGCCGACGGCUCCUUCAAGAUCGAAACCAAGUAUCCCAGCGGAGACGUCGCUGGGAAGUACGGAUAUGUCGACGAGAGCGGCAAGCUGAGGGAGAUCUCGUAUGGUGCUAGCAGCCAGAGGGGCUUCGAACCUCAAGGAUCUGGUAUCAUGGUGCCUCCACCAACUUUGAACGACCACCCGACUAACGCGCUUACUGACGGCCAAGAAGACGACGGCCAGUACCGUGAAGACCCAAGGAUCUACGAAGACCCCAAAUACAACGGAAAAUCCCAGAGCAGACCAGCCCCUCUAAGGCAGUUCCACCAGUCCUCAAUCCGCGCUCAGCCUGAACCUCAACCCCAACCUCAGUACCAGCAGUAUUCUCAACCCCAAACCCUCUCCCAGCCUCAACCCAUCAGAACCUCCCCCGUCUACUCACAGCAGACCAGCCUCUUCAACCAAUCCCCGCAGCAGUUCCCUCAGGAAUUCCGCGGUCAAAGCCAGAUCUACCACCAGCAACCUCAAUUCUCUUACAAUUCUUACACCCCACAGCCGGCUAGCUACAACCAGUACCAGCCCCAGACCUACCAGCCCCAGACGUACCAGCAACAAAACUACCAGCCCCAGAACUACCAGAACCAGAACUACAACCCAUUCUCGGGACACCCAGCCCAGAACUUUGACCCCAACACCGGUUCUUACACCAUCAACUUCACUGGUUAGGUACUUUGUUGUAGGGAAGUAAACGUUAAAAGGCUAACAUCACAUUACUAGGCUGAAACUGUCUCUACUGAAAGAAGCUUAGCUUGAUUUAGGCACAGUAGUGUGGCAUUAGCUUAAAUAAGCACCGUAAUUUUAUGAUUAUUAUAAAAUUUUGUUAUUCCCAAAGCGAUACGAACGAUUUUUUACGAUUUUUAUGUAAAUAAUAAUUUUAGUGCUAGUCAAUAUGUUCAGAAUAAGUAAAAUGUUGGAUUGUAAAGCUUUAAAACGUUUUAUAUUUUACACAAAUUAUACGUAUUAAGGUGUAUUCUUAUUUAUUGAUCGUAUUAUUAACAAAGUUUUUAAUAAUAUGACUGUACAAGUAAAUUAACUGAUAUAUUAAAAUUAUCUUUAUAGUUAUGUAUAUUUCGGUACCUAUAUUUAUCUACAUAAUUAUGGACAUACUUACAAGUAAAUAUUACUAUUAUGUACUGAUUUACAUUAUUCUUCUAAAUAUUUGUGAAUAUCCGAUGUGUUUACCUAUUCUUUAUAAUUGUACAUAUUAUGUGUAUGUAUCAGUAUUGUAAAAGUAUUAUAAUUAUUAUAUUUUUAAACAAAUUAACAUUUCAAAGUAUAAACAAUUCUAUAUUGUAUAUAAAUAUGUAAAUAUAUAAUAAUAUAUCAUGUAACAAGUGCCAAUAUUGAGCUAAAGUAAUUAUGUUAUGCAACUAUCGACAAUCAACAAUUCAAUCGUUGCGCGCGCGCAGCUUGCAAAACGGCAACGUGAGGUGGACGAAAUACUACGUGUACUGACUGUAAAUAGCUGUCAAUAAAAUACUGUUAUAUAAA